CCUUUCUCUUCUCUGUCAGGGUUCUCUUUUGUCCCUUAUCGGCUCGAUUUCUCACUUUCUCGCUCCGGAGGCAAAAUUUUCCGCCAGCCAAGAGAGAGAGAGUUCGGAGAUUGACGGUCGCCGGGGAGAUUCGGAGGGCGGAGAUGGCGAACUUGAACUGAAAUUGAGGUUUUGCAUGUGGAUGCCGCAGGGCUUCUCAAUCGGCAUUGUCGGUUCCAUCUAAUUCCAAACCCUUUGAAUUCAGCCGUUUCAGUCUUUAUCGCAUACGCCUGUAUUGGUUUGUGUUCUGUUUUCUUCAUCAUUUUGGUGGUUUCUGUUCAAGGAUUUGGUCCGGGGGCAUCCGUGUGGCUCGUUGUGACUGCCAUAUCGGCAUAUACUCGUUGUUACGCGUCCCAGUGAGAGAAGGCAGAGGCGAUCGAGUUUCUUGAGUUGUUUUUGUUUUUGUUUUCUCUUUGGCGUAUGUCUUAGCACGAUAUGGUUUAGGAUCUUUAAUGUGAAGAAGUUUCGGUUCAUGAGACGUGUUAUUUGUCAUGGUUGCCGGAUUAGUUGAAUUGAUUUCCGGCGGUGCUAUUCGGCGCGCUCCCUGUGCUGUGCGUUGAAAACGGUUGUUCUUUUGAGGGUGCCCAUGCUAUUGGCCUCAUUUUCAUGCCGCCUGAACCAUUGCCCUGGGAUCGGAAGGACUUCUUCAAGGAGAGGAAACACGAGAGGUCAGAGUUUCUCGGACCUGUACCUAGAUGGAGAGACUCAUCUAGUCACGGAUCCCGUGAGUUUAGUAGGUGGGGAUCAGGCGAUUUUCGCAGACCGCCAGGUCAUGGUAGGCAGGGUGGUUGGCAUGUGUUCUCUGACGAAUAUGGUCAUGGAUAUGGGCCUUCCAUGUCAUUCAGUAACAAGAUGCUGGAAAAUGUUAGUAGCCGGCCAUCUGUUUCACAUGGUGAUGGGAAGUACGCUAGGAAUGGUAGGGAAAACAGAUCUUUUAGUCAAAGAGAAUGGAAAGGUCAUUCCUGGGCAACAAGUAACGGGUCUACAAACAAUUGUGGUAGGCUGCAGCAUGAUCUAAAUUAUGAUCAGAGGUCAGUUCACGAUAUGCUGAUAUAUCCCUCUCAUUCUCAUUCUGACUUUGUAAACCCACGAGAUAAGGUAAAAGGCCAGCAUGAUAAGAUCGAUGAUGUCAAUGGGUUAGGCACAAACCAGAGACGUGAUCGGGAGUAUUCAGUGAGUUCCUCAGGGUGGAAGCCUCUUAAAUGGACACGUGGUGGUGGCUUAUCUUCACGCACUUCAACAUCAGGUCAUUCCAGUAGCACAAAGAGUAUUGAUGCUUUAGAUUCUAAUGAGACAAAGUCUGAGACAGUGUUGAAAAAUGAGUCACAAAAUCUAUCUCCUUCUGCUGAUCCUGCUGAGUGUGCAAUGUCUUCUAUGCCAUGUGAUGAGACAACUGUCAGGAAGAAGCCACGGCUAGGAUGGGGCGAGGGGCUUGCCAAGUAUGAAAAAAAGAAGGUUGAAGUUCCUGAUGGUACUGCCUUUACAAAUGUUAAUGCAGAAUCUACCCAUUCUCUUAAUUCCAGCUUGAUUGAAAAAGGCCCUAGAGGUUCAGGGUUUUCGGAUUGUACCUCACCUGCGACCCCUUCUUCUGUCGUUUGUGGUUCCUCUCCAGGUGGGGAUGAAAAAUCAUCCGGAAAGGCAGCUAGUGAUAACGAUGUCAGUAACAUGCAUGGUUCACCUGGUUCUGGUUUUCAGAACCAGUGCGAGGAACCAUCCUUUAAUUUAGAGAAGUUGGAUAACUUUUCAAUUGAUGAUUUGGGCUCUCCACUCAUUCAACUGCUGCAAUCUAAUGAUUCGAUUUCUGUGGAUCCUGGUAUUAUGAGUUGCACUGCCAUGAGUAAGUUACUUAUAUAUAAAAAUGAAAUUUCUAAAGUGUUGGAGACGACUGAGUCUGAAAUUGAUUUACUGGAAAAUGAACUGAAGAGGUUGAGAUCUGAAAGUAAGGGCUCCUUUUCUUUUCCUUUAGCAUCCAGUUCUUUGAUGACUGGGGAUAAAAACUUUGAGGAACACAGUGAUUUCUCUAAUAUGAUCCCUCCAGCUGCUACCCUGCCAGUUGUUACUUCCGAGAAUAAUAUUUCAAAAAAGACGUUACUUUCCACAAGUGACUCGGAAGAAGUGCAUACGGAUGUCAACGAAAAGGCUGUCGGUAGGUUUGGGAGGUCGGAUGCAAUGGAAUCUGUCAUCACCGGAGAGAAGCUAACAAUAUCUGGUUGCAGUGUUAGAGAUAAUGUUGUGCCAUCUGUUGACAAUAGCAUUCUUAUUAAGAGGGAAGCUGUCACAUUAGAACCCAUUUCUAGUGAUAUAAAUGAAUCUGAUGAUGGGGGAGAUAGCCUGUUCAAUUUAAUUCUGGCAUCCAAUAAAGAAUCUGCAUGCAGGGCGUCUGAAGCUUUAAUCAGCAUGUUGCCUGCUAAUGAACAUAAAAUUGACAUUUGGAGCACAAAUGUCUCUUGCUCACAGAAUCAAUGUUUAAUGAGAGAGAGAUAUGCAAAGAAGAAGAGGUUAUUAAGAUUUAAGGAGAGAGUAAUAACCCUUAAGUAUAGAGCCUACCAGUCCUUGUGGAAGGAGAGUUUGCAUGUGCCACCUGUAAGGAAGUUACGUGCAAAAUCUCAGAAAAAAUAUCAGUUGAGUUUGUGGACCAAUUACAGUGGUUAUCAGAAGAACCGCUCUUCCAUUCGAGUCCGUAUUCCUUCAUCUGCAGGAAAUCCGAACCCCGUUUCUAACACGGCGAUUCUUAGGCAUGUGAGCAAGCAGCUUUCUAAUUCCCUGGUUAAGCAGUACCGGAGGACCUUGAAGAUGCCCGCAUUAGUUUUGGACCAGAAGGGUAAGAUGGCUUCAAGAUUCGUCUCUAAUAAUGGGUUAGUUGAGGACCCGUGCGCUGUUGAGAAGGAGAGGAUGAUGAUCAACCCAUGGACCUCCGAAGAGAAAGAUGUUUUCAUGGAGAAGUUGGCAUGUUUCGGGAAAGAUUUUGGGAAAAUUGCCACAUUUCUUGAUCACAAGACGACAGCAGACUGUAUUGAGUUCUACUACAAGAACCACAAAUCUGAUUGCUUUGAGAAAACAAAGAAGCUGGAGUUUGGGAAGAAGGCGAAGUCCUCAACCAGUACCUAUUUGGUGACAACAGGGAAGAAAUGGAAUCCUGAAACAAAUGCUGCUUCUCUUGAACUGUUGGGUGCUGCUUCAGCGAUGACAGCUUGUGCUCAUAAGUAUUCAAGCAGCAGGUCGAGCGGAAGAACCGCAUAUCACACAACUCAAUGUGAUGAUGGUCUAUCGGAAAGGGCCAAGAGUUUUCAUAUGUUUGGAAAUGAAAGAGAGAAAGUUGCUGCUGAUGUGCUAGCUGGUAUAUGUGGUUCCCUGUCUUCAGAAGCCAUGGGUUCAUGUAUCACUAGUAAUUUUGACCGAAGAGACGGUUCUCAGGAUUUGAAGUGCAAAAAGGGUGCGACAACUGUAUUAAGACGGCGAAUGACAGCGAAUAUUCCACGGUUUAUUGAUGAUGAGAUUUUUUCAGACGAGAGCUGUGGAGAAAUGGAUCCUUCUUAUUGGACUGAUGGGGAGAAGUCGCUUUUCAUAGAAGCAGUGAGAGCUUAUGGAAAGAAUUUCUCAAUGAUCUCUACACAUGUAGGAACAAAAUCCACAGAUCAGUGCAAGAUCUUCUUCAGCAAAGCACGGAAGUGCCUUGGGUUGGAUUUGAUAUGUACUGCAAAGAAAAUGCCUCCAGAUAGUGAUGAUAAAGCAAAGGGACACGAGUGCGAUGCUAACGGAGGUUGCCACGAGGCUGGCUCUCGGAUGGUGGAAGACUUGCCGAAGUUUGUGACGAGUAUAAAUGGUGGGGAAGCAGAGUCCAUGAAUCGACAGUCUGCCCAUCAGGAAGUCAAAGAAAGUAAUCCAUCAUCAAAGAUUUGUCCUAGUAAUAUUGCUGGGAAUGCUGUGGUGUCUGAUGCAUGCAAUAAAAAAGACAGCUCGGAUUCAGCUUUCGAUGACAACUGCCAGUCUAUGAAUUCUGCCAAUGACAAGAAGGAUUUGGUACGUAAUCAGCAUCAUGCAGUCGUGUCCAUGGCUGCAGACGAAAUUGCUAAAGAACAAGGUGCUUCUGCUCCAACUACAACAUCAGUUGGAUUCGGAAAUGCUGCAAUUGACAACUAUGGGGUACCGAAUUUGAAAGUUUUUUCUACUUCGAAAGUUUCAGACCCGGGAACCAAGGAGCAACUGGAGAGGGGCAAUGUAGAUACUAGCAAGGAUCGACGUGAAAAAGUCGAUUCUCAUGCAGUAGAUAGUUCUUCAACACCCAUAAAUUCUCGUGUCAACUCGUUGCCGAAACAUGGACAAGGGUAUCAUCAUGUCAGAGUGCAUUCACGCAGUUUGUCUGAUUCCGAGCCAUCAUCCAGAAACGGUGACGUGAGACUAUUCGGUCAGAUACUCAGCCAUCCCUCAUCCUCGCCAAACUCAAAAUCUGGAACCAGUGAGAAUGGAAACCACCGGACGCAGCUUCACAAGUUCAAGCGAAGAUUGAAAGUCGGUAGCCAUGGAAACUUGAGUGCUGCCAAGUUCAAUCAGGAGGAUGCUCCUUCCAGAAGUUAUGGAAUUUGGGAUGGAAACAGAUUACGCACUGGGCUUUCAUCGUUGCCCGAUCCCACCAACCUACUGUCGAGCUAUCCUACAUUCAAUCAUUACUCUAGAUCCGCCUCCUCCCCGAUCAGCAAGGAACAGAAAUCAAAUGGCUAUUCCCAGAUGUCGGAGGUAAGUAGUGGUAAGGAGGCAGUUGGAGGAAUUAUGGUAGGAGAGAAUUGUAACGAGGAUGACGAAUGCAAUAACGCAGAGCAGAGGGUGGUGGUGGCCCAUAGAAGAGAGAUUUAGGUGGUAGUAGAUAUAAUGUUUAGAGAUCAUUUCAACAGGGAGUGAGGCUCUCAGCAGCAAAUGCUUUGUUUUGCUGCACCCCAUGUAUCAUAGUUUCGUUGAUGUCAAAUGAAUGAUAGUAGAAUUUGACGGUUCUCA